UUAAUUAUAUAAAAAUCACCUCUCAAUUCAAUUCUCUCAUAUCAUUUCAUCUUUCAACCUACAGCCAAAAAGAAAAUAAAACUUUCAACCUUAAUUAUUACCUAUUCACCCACGUCUCUCUUUUUAUAUAUACAUAAUAUAUGUAAUCACUUAUCCAAUCUCCAAUUUCUGUGAAUAAACACAAAAACCCACAUACAUCUAGUAUAUAAAUAAUUUGAUUAUACAAUAUCCGAUUUCCCCAUACAAUUUCUAUCAUAGUAUACGUACGUAGUUCGAAAGUAGUAAUUGGCUUGGAAUUGUGAAGAAAAGUAAAACAAUAAUUAGGAAUGGAAAUUGAUCAAGAGAACAAACAUGAAUCAUGGUCGGAGCCAGAGAGCACCGGAAGCCGAAGCUCAGGGGUGGGCCUCAGUGGGCCUUUAGCAUCCAAAAAACAACGAAACCGAAGCAAGAACAAAAGUGCAAGCUUCAAGGACGAUGGUGAAAUGGUGGAGAUAACAUUGAACGUACGUGAUGACUCCGUUUCCGUUCAGAAUAUUCGCGGUGGAGACACUGAAACGGCGUUUCUGGCAAGCCAGCUUGAGAAGCGUCCAUCGUCGCUUUCGGCUAAACUGAGACAGGUGUCUCAGGAGCUGAAGCGCAUGACGUCUUUUAAGGCGUUUGAUAAGGUUGAUAGGUCAAAAUCUGGUGCUGCUCGUGCUCUACAAGGUCUUAAGUUUAUGACAAAAAACGUUGGAAGUGAAGGUUGGUCCCAAGUUGAGAAGCGUUUUGAUGAGUUGGCUGUGGAGGGAAAAUUGCCCAAGACUCGAUUUAGCCAGUGCAUAGGAAUGAACGAGUCAAAGGAGUUUGCUGGUGAGUUAUUUGAUGCCUUAGCACGUCGUCGAGGUAUAGUAGCUGCUUCCAUAACAAAGGAAGAGUUGCGAGAAUUUUGGGACCAAAUUACUGAUCAAAGCUUUGAUUCAAGGCUUCAGACCUUUUUUGGCAUGGUGGACAAGAAUGCUGAUGGACGAAUUACUGAAGAAGAAGUAAAAGAGAUUAUUGCUUUAAGUGCUUCGGCCAAUAAGCUAUCAAAGUUACAAGAACGAGCAGAGGAAUAUGCUGCCCUUAUCAUGGAGGAGCUAGACCCAAACAACCUUGGAUAUAUUGAGCUGUAUAACUUGGAAAUGCUUCUUUUGCAAGCACCAGCACAAUCAGCUCACAUAACUACAGAUAGUAGGGUAUUGAGCCAGAUGUUGAGCCAGAAGUUAGUCCCUACUAAAGAGCGCAACCCUAUUAAACGGGCUUUUAGAGAACUAGCUUAUUUUAUGGAGGAUAAUUGGAAACGUAUUUGGAUCAUAGCUCUAUGGCUUUCAAUUUGUGCAGCACUUUUCACUUGGAAGUUCAUCCAGUACAAACGUCGUGCCGUUUUCCAUGUCAUGGGCUAUUGUGUCACCACGGCUAAGGGCGGUGCCGAGACGCUCAAGUUUAACAUGGCCUUGAUCUUGUUGCCUGUAUGUAGAAACACCAUCACUUGGCUUAGGAGUAGGACCAGGCUUGGAAUGGUGGUUCCAUUUGAUGACAAUAUCAACUUUCACAAGGUGAUAGCUUUUGGCAUUGCAAUUGGGGUUGGAUUACAUGCAAUUUCACAUUUAACUUGUGACUUCCCAAGAUUAUUACACGCCACAGAUGAAGAAUAUGAACCCAUGAAACAAUUUUUUGGAGAUGAAAGACCUAAUAAUUAUUGGUGGUUCGUUAAAGGAACCGAGGGUUGGACCGGUGUGGUCAUGGUUGUGCUUAUGGCUAUAGCUUUCAUUUUAGCACAACCUUGGUUUCGUCGUAAUAGGCUAAACCUUCCAAAACCCCUCAAGAAACUCACUGGUUUCAAUGCAUUUUGGUAUUCACAUCACCUUUUUGUCAUUGUUUACGUGCUAUUUAUCAUUCAUGGAUACUUCCUUUACCUUAGCAAGAAAUGGUAUAAGAAAACGACAUGGAUGUAUCUUGCGGUUCCAAUGAUACUAUACGGAUGCGAAAGACUACUUCGUGCAUUUAGAUCUGGCUACAAAUCUGUGAGGAUACUAAAGGUUGCAGUGUACCCGGGAAAUGUACUAGCAUUGCAUGCAUCUAAACCACAAGGGUUUAAGUACACUAGUGGACAGUAUAUUUAUGUUAAUUGUUCAGAUAUCUCCCCAUUUGAAUGGCAUCCCUUUUCUAUUACAUCAGCUCCUGGAGAUGACUAUAUAAGUGUUCACAUUCGAACUUUGGGCGAUUGGACGUCACAACUGAAGGGUAUUUUCGCCAAGGCAUGUCAACCAGCAAAUGAUGACCAAAGUGGUCUUCUAAGAGCUGAUAUGUUACCAGGCAAAUCAAGCCUACCAAGGAUGCCAAGGCUACGAAUUGAUGGACCUUAUGGAGCACCAGCACAAGACUACAAAAACUAUGAAGUCCUUCUUCUAGUAGGGCUAGGAAUCGGCGCAACUCCUUUGAUUAGCAUACUCAAAGAUGUACUAAACAACAUUAAGCAACAAGAAGAAGACUUAGAAGAAGGAGGGGAGGUGGAAAGCGGAGUUAAGAACAAUAAGAAAAGGCCUUUUGCAACCAAGCGAGCCUAUUUCUAUUGGGUUACUCGUGAGCAAGGUUCGUUUGAAUGGUUUAAAGGUGUGAUGAAUGAGGUAGCGGAGAAUGAUAAGGAAGGAGUAAUUGAGCUUCACAAUUAUUGUACAAGUGUUUAUGAAGAAGGCGACGCUCGUUCGGCUUUGAUCACAAUGCUUCAGUCCCUUCACCAUGCCAAAAAUGGUGUGGAUGUAGUUUCAGAGACAAGGGUUAAGACACAUUUUGCUAGGCCAAAUUGGCGUAAUGUCUAUAAACAUGUUGCUCUUAAACACCCUGAAAAAAAAGUUGGUGUUUUUUACUGUGGAGCACAUGGAUUGGUUGGCGAACUAAGAAAGCUUUCUUUGGACUUUUCAAGAAAAACUGGCACCAAGUUUGAUUUUCAUAAAGAGAAUUUUUAGAUUCUUUUUGACGUAGUUCUUUUUUGCCCGUAAUACAUCUAUAUUAUUAUAGUCAUAUAUAUAGUUGAAUUAUUUUUUGUUGUAGAGGUAUAUAUAUAGCUAGCUCCAUUUGAUGGAUGGAGUUGUAAACAUGUAUGAUCGGAAGGAAUAGCUAUCAAAUUGGAUUGAAAUUAAAUUGUUGCAGAUUGUAUCAAUGGUAGAAUGUCACUAAAUUUGGGUAUUACUGUAAGACCAAGGCUUUUUGCUACUUAUCAUGUUGUUUGUACCUUCCUUCAAAAAAAAAUCAUGUUGUUUGUACCUGUGCUACAAACAUUAUUCAUACGAAAAUGAAAUAAGUUUGUGCCUUUAUAAAAAAAAUAAGCACAGCUUAAUUUGCUAAA